GCAUUAACUGUUGGGGCGUGGCUGUGGGAUUCCUCAGAGGGCAGUCCGUUUGAAGCGAGGCAACAGUAAGAGCUGAUAUUAUCCAGUCCUGAACCGACGACGGUCCUCUAAAAACAACUUCAGUCUUUGUAGUAGCAGCCAGUCUUCUCGUGGUUUGGAGGCCUACGCCCAUCUCACUACCCAGAAGCCAUGGCAGAUGAAGCAGACAUGCGCAAUGAGCUGGAAAACCUGCAGGCGAAGGCAGAUCAGAUAGCCGAUGAGUCACUGGAGAGCACUCGGCGUAUGCUGGCCAUGGUGGAGGAGAGUAAAGAUGCUGGUAUCAGGACUCUGGUUAUGCUGGAUGAGCAGGGAGAGCAACUGGAGCGGAUCGAGGAGGGGAUGGACCAGAUCAAUAAGGACAUGAAGGAUGCAGAAAAGAAUUUGAACAAUCUAGGGUCUCUCUGUGGUCUUUGUUCGUGUCCCUGUAACAAGAUAAAGGGGGGGGGCCAGGCAUGGGGGGCCAACCAGGAUGGAGUGGUGAACAGUCAGCCAGGGGCCCGUGUGGUGGACGAACGUGAACAGAUGGCCAUCAGUGGGGGGUUCAUCCGCAGGGUAACGGACGACGCCCGGGAGAAUGAGAUGGAUGAGAACCUGGAGCAGGUGGGCGGGAUCAUCGGUAACCUACGUCACAUGGCCCUGGACAUGGGCAACGAGAUAGACACCCAGAACCGGCAGAUCGACAGGAUCAUGGACAAGGCUGAUUCCAACAAGACCAGGAUUGAUGAAGCCAACCAGCGUGCCACAAAGAUGUUGGGCUAAGCUGCAGCCACAACAUGGUUUCACCCACCCCCCCCAAAACAUGCUUUUAUCAUGGCACUUUCUCAGCCCGCCCCCCUCCUCCUUCUCUUCUUCCUGUUGUAAAAUGUUGUUCUGUCGUCGUCUAUCUUUGGCUUUUAUUAAAAUGAUAGUCCUGGUUAUUCAUCUCGUCCUGUACCCCCCCCCCCCCCCCCAUUCUGUCUCUGUUCCUAGUUGUUCCUCUACCCCCCCAUUAGGUCUGUUCCUAAAGUUGUUCCUCUACUCCCCCUUCUGUCUCUGUUCCUGAAGUUGUUCCUCUAUUCCCAACUAUGUCUCUGUUCCUAGUUGUUCCUCUACCCCCCCAUUAGGUCUCUGUUCCUAAAGUUGUUCCUCUACCCCCCCCAUUAGGUCUCUGUUCCUAAAGUUGUUCCUCUACCCCCCAUUAUGUCUCUUUUCCUAGUUGUUCCUCUACACCCUAUUCUGUCUCUGUUCCUAGUUGUUCCUCUACUCCCUAUUCUGUCUCUGUUCCUAAAGUGGUUCCUCUAUUCCCCAUUCUGUCUCUGUUCCUAGUAGUUCCUCUAUUCCCCAUUCUGUCUCUGUUCCUAGUUGUUCCUCUACUCCCCAUUAUGUCUCUAUUCCUAGUUGUUCCUCUACUCCCUAUUCUGUCUCUGUUCCUAGUUGUUCCUCUACUCCCUAUUCUGUCUCUGUUCCUAGUUGUUCCUCUAUCCCCAUUCUGUCUCUGUUCCUAGUUGUUCCUCUACUCCCCAUUCUGUCUCUCCGCCUAAAGUAUAUAGUGCUUCUGUGAUGGCUGUAGCUCACCUGUGCAGUUCUCUGUUUCCGUCUUGUUCAUCUUCUUUUAUAUUAACUGUAUUUACAUCAUUACUCAGAUACCACGACUACUAUGACAACGCUCAGCACCACAUGCUGUUUCUUCCGUGUGUCAGUGGUGUGUCAGUGUUGUCCAUGUGAGACACUCUGUAGUUAAUGUUGUUGUUUUGAUGCUAAACGAAAGUAAACAAACAUACCAGUCAGAACUCCCUUAUCCUAAAACACUUGUCAUCUUCCUCCCAGACACUCCCGUAAGGCACAAUGUGCAACGGUGCUGGGAACAUAACCAGUGACGCACCCCAUUCUUCAGCCAGGCUCACGCCUUCAAUGCAACGUUACUUUGCAUUAUCAUUGACCGAGAUGAGCAGCAAUGGUCAUUUCUAAAGUCAAUACACACAGUCAGUGUACGUGAGCCCACAUGUCCCAUGUGGGGAAUUGAAACCCACAACCUAGGGUUUAGCAGCACCAUGCCCAAACCAACUCAUUGUCAGGGGCAAGAGUAUCUAAACCCCCCCCCCCCUCUCUCAGACAGACCUGGAGAUGGGUUGGAGGUAGGAGAACAACAACGAGCAGAAUGCUUUGAUAACUUAACCCAGGUGGCCUCCAAUAGAGUAGCAGCCGAUUCAUGGUUGGCUCAUCAACCUCUGGUUAUGUCCGGCUCAACCGCUCAGCGCUCUCACUCCCUUGGAUGUACUGUAGCCCUGUGUGUGUCCCACAGCAGAUAGAACAACAUCAUCUUCUAGAACAAGUAACAUGGCCACCACAGCAUGCCCAGCAGUGUGUAGGACACUCCCGGCUGAGAGGAUACCCUGCUUCCUGCCACUCUGCAAUAGUGCCACUCUUUUGUUCACACAUUUCCACUGUGAUCAUCAUUGUAAAAUAAUGUGAAAAAAAAUGACAAUAAAAAAACAUGACUGUAGAACCAAAAAAA